GAAGCGUGUAAGCUUUUGGAGGGUUUAAAUGGUUGAAUGUUAGUUUUUGGUUUGAAAAAUGCAUAAUUAAUAUUUCGACAAAAAUAUUAAAGCAGUAUUGUUUAUUGAUGAUUUUAUUGCGACUUGUUGACACUUCGGCAGUGAAUGUUGUGAAUUGUUGUUAUUGAAAUUUGCAGAACAUGUGCUAGUAAACUGUACACGACUGAAGGCUGUUUAGCAGCACUAAUGUAAUAUAUUAUUUUGCAUCAGCUAUUCUUAUUGAUACAGAUUCAUGUUUUAAUACUAACAACAAACAAUAUACUCUUUUUUUCUGACUGUCAUUUCUUUCAGGUAUACUUCAGGGGGGAAAGAACUCGAGAGUCUGCAAGAUUCACCCAACUAACGUAUGUAAACAUUUGAAAAUCACAAAAUGCCCAACCUUUGUGUAGCAUAUGGCUGUGGAAAGUCAUACCGGGACAAUGUUAGUAUGUUCAGAUUUCCCAAAGAUCGUGGUGAGUUUCUAAAAUGGGAAAAGCAGGUACAAAGAACUCGCCACAAAUGGGUCGCCAAGACCUUCUCUUUCUUGUGCUCUGAACACUUUAGCAAGGACUGUUUUGAGCCCAGACCCACCAUGUUAACCAAGAACAUGGGUUCUAAAGGGCUCAAGCUGAAGGAGGGUGCCAUUCCAACUAUUUUUAUCCGACCACUUUGCACUAAAUGUGGAGGUCAUGGCACCACCUGCACAGCAUGCAGUCCAAAGGGGAAAAAGCAAAGUGUGAGCACAGAGUAUCAGAAGCAGGACUCGGAAGGUUGGCCCACUCUUAAUGCAGACUUGGGUGCUGCAGAGAAACAGAAGGAAACAAAGGAUAAAGAGCACAUUGAACAGCUUCUGUCUGAUGAAGAUGGGCAUAUUAGUCCCACAUUUGCUCCACUCUCUCCUGUGGAAUAUGCUGAUGAACCAGUGGUUUGUGAGAUGUGUGGCAUUUCUGGAACCCGGGGCACUUUUUACUCCAGAUCCAAGCGCUUCUGCAGUCCGUCCUGUUCCCGUUCCUUCUCCUCCAACUCGAAAAAAUCCUCUAUAAUGGCACGGUUACAGGGAAGGCCUCUUCGGAAAGCUCCUGCACUACAGACCAAUGCUUCCCCUCAUGCAGAAGUUACUGAACGUCAUCAUGGCAGCACCGCUAUUAGGAAAGAUGCCUCUUCUGGUUUCAACUGGGGAUGUUACCUUGAGAAACACGGCUGCCUCGCCGCCCCAGUGUCCUGCUUCAGACAUGUACCACUCUGUGCUCAGUGGGAGGACAUUGCUGUGGGAUUGCGAGUGGAGGUCCUGAAUACUCGCACUACUUUGCUGACCAAGGUUUACUGGAUUGCCACUGUCAUUCGACUUGCUGGUUACAAGGCCCUGUUACGAUACGUGGGUUUUGAAGAUGAUGAUAGUCAUGAUUUUUGGUGUAACCUGGGUAUCGCUGAUGUCCAUCCUAUUGGCUGGUGUGCAGUGAACAGCAAACUACUUGUUCCCCCUCAGGAGAUCAACAAACACAUAACUGGCUGGAAAUCAUACUUGAUGCAGAGACUUGUAGGAGCAUCUACAAUACCUGUGGAUUUUCAUGCUAUGAUGGCAGAGAGUAUGAAGUGUCCCUUCAGGCAGGGGGUCCGUGUAGAAGUAGUGGAUCGCUCUCUGGUUAGCCGAACCCGUACAGCAGUGGUAGAUACUGUGAUUGGGGGCCGUCUAAGGCUUAUAUAUGAAGAUGCAGGGCUUGGAGCCUCAGGGGAGGUGCUCUCAGAUUUCUGGUGUCACAUGUUGAGCCCCCUUAUACACCCCAUAAACUGGUCGGUUAGAGUGGGUCAUCUCAUUAAGGAAACAGAUAAGUCUGUUGAUAUGAGCAGUCAUCCAGCAUUCCGUAAGGUUUUGUGUGAUAGUGUGCCAAGUCAGUUCAAAAAGUUAAGGACUGUUUAUAUGGAAGGAGGGUUUUUCAAGGAAGGCAUGAAACUGGAGGCCAUUGAUCCUCUGAACCUGGGGAACAUCUGUGUAGCUUCCGUUCGAAAGGUGCUCUUCGAUGGCUAUCUCAUGGUCGGUAUUGAUGGUGUGGAGAUUGGCGAUGGUUCAGAUUGGUUUUGCUACCAUGUUGGCUCACAUGCCAUCUUACCCACAGGAUAUUGCCAAAGCAAUGACAUACCCCUCACUCUACCCCCUGGAUAUGAUCAGGCAACCUUCACAUGGGCCAAAUAUUUGGAAGAAAUGGGAGCAGAGGCUGCUCCACGCAGACUGUUUAACACAGAUGCUGUAGAGCAUGGCUUUGCCCCAGGCAUGAAGCUGGAGGCAGUGGACCUAAUGGAGCCUCGGUUGGUGUGUGUGGCCACUGUGCAGCGCUGUGUGGGUCGCCUGCUUUUGCUGCACUUUGAUGGUUGGGAGUCAGAGUUUGAUCAGUGGGUGGACUGUGAAUCCCCUGAUAUCUACCCUGUGGGCUGGUGUGAACUUGCUGGAUAUCAGCUUCAGCCCCCCAUUGGACCAGAACCUCAGGAACGCACAAGCAAAAAAUCAGUGGGUAAAAAGAAGAGAAGAUAUGUAAAGAAAAGGACAAGUGAUGACACAUCAAAACCCUCAGUUCCUCAGCAAGAUGGACAUCUCCAGUCAGACAAUCAGCCUGUACCUACUCAGCCCCAAGAACUCACAACUCUGCCCGCAGCCACACCCAUGCAGCCUGUGAACAUGCCAAUCAUAAAUCUAAAGACUGAGCUUGAGGAAGAGAUUAUUUCCUUUAAAGUGAAAGUGGAGGAAAUGGAGAUGGAGACCCCGAUCACCCAUGACCUUGAAGGCAAUGAAAGCACUGGAUACCACACACCUCCACCUUCUUUACUGAAAGAAGAAAUUCCAGAGUGAAUCACUCCAGGUUCACAGAUUACAUCAAAACAGCUAUUUACUGAUGGACAAUAAAUGAACACUGCUCUCUCUUUCAGCAUCAAAAAGCACCUCAGCUGAUACAAUCCUGAUAAAAAAAAGAGCAAAUACUUGGUGGAUUCUGUUAUUUGUGUAUUAUUUCUUGUUUUUUUUUUUAACCUUUUCUUCUCACACACUACUGAAGCUUAUUUUCUGUGUCAGUUUGUUAAUACCAAUAAAUGUACACUAAUUUCAUCCAACCAAAGCUAUGAUGAAUGAACAGGAAUUAAUAAGACACAUGACAACAGAGGCUUAACUUUACAAGGAAAAACUGAUUAUACUGAAAUAAGACUAUACCAAUAUCACUCAGUGCUAAACUGUUAACAACUUCUGAGUGUACUUUCUGAAAGACAACAUUUACUACUAGGCAACUUUUAAAGAUAUUUGUGUUUGUUGUAAAAUAAAGUAAAACAUUGUUAAAUAUCUUAUUUAGAAAUGUCAUAAAUAUUAAUGCUCUUAUAAAUGUUUUGUGAUCACACAGACUUCUUAGCACUAGACUUCUGCACUAAGUGAGAUUUUGCAUUCUUGCGUGGUUUGGACUUAGUAGUUUUGGCAUAGGCUGGUUUAGAUUUUGUGCUCUUUGGUGCUUUGGAGAUCUUCUGAUUUGGGGAAAGAGGAGGCCCCUGUCCUGGACAGCUCUUAAAAACAUGAAUGUCCUUGACCCUUUGGCCUUUGAGCUCAGGUGGAUAACCACAUUUGGCCCUCGACUUCAGGUUGACGCUCUCUAGCCACCUGCAGAAAAGGUUUCUUAAAAUAAAAAAUGCUGUGCAUGCACAUAUACAUUACCAACAUUAUAACAUGCUAAUGAUUAAACAUACAGAUAACAGAAUGUAUGUACACACUACCUUAAAUCACAUAUACUGCUAUACAGUCCCCACUGUAUUGGAACAGCAAGGCCAUAUUUUUCUUGUUUUUGAAUACAUUUGGGUUUGAGAUCAAAAGAUGAAUGAGAUGAUAGAUCAGAAUUUCAUUUUCUGAUAUUCACAUCUAGAUGUGUUAAACACCUUGGAACAUGGCACCUUUGUUGGCAGACCACCCAAUUUUGUUGGGUGAGCAAAAGUAUACUAACAGCUAUUACAAUAAAAUAAAUAACACUUAAUAUUUGGUUACAUAUUUCUUGCUUGCAAUAACUUCAUCAAACUGGUGACCCAAUAACAUCAACAAACUGUUGUAUUUUCCAGCCUUGUAGCUUCUUUAAGUUGGUUCUUGUUCUUUUUUUGUUUUUUUGUUUUGUUUUUGUUUUUUUGAGUUGGGGGGUUCCUCCCAAUUAGAUUGGAUGCAUUUCUCUGUAAAUUGGCAGACAGAAUGUUUCUGUAAACUUCGGAAUUCAUUCUGAUACUACCAUCAUGAGUUACAUCAUCAAUAAAGAUUAAUGGGCCUGUUCCAGACGCAGCCAUGCAAGCCCAAGCCGUGACACUAUCUCCACCAUGCUUGACUGACGAGCUCAUAUGUUUUGUACCAUGAGCAGAUUUUUUUCUUUCUCCAUACUUUAUAACCUUUCUAUCACUGUUACUGUUGUUUUGGGGUUUUUAUUCACAGCUCUCACAUUUCAUCAAUUGCUGUUGUUUUCCUUGGCUGGCCUGUUCCAUGUGUAGUUGUUAGUAUACCAGUGGUUUCCUUCUUUUUCAGGACAUUCCAAAUUGUUGUAUUGGCUAUACCCAGUGCUUGUGCAAUGGCUCAUCAAAAUGGCUUGCCUUUCUCACAUAGACAACUCUUCUCAUGUUGGUUUAUCCUUUUUAACAACAAAUGCAGUCUUCACUGGCAAAACCCACGGCAGGGAAUAGACAUUCAUAACUAUUUUUUAUUUAAACAAACAAUCUAACCUAGGGUUAGUGUUAUCUACCCUUGGCAACACUUGUCAGUCAUGUGUUCCAAUAUUUUUGAUCAUUUUGAUAAAUGGGUGGGUUCAAACAAAAGGUGCCAUGUUCUAAAUUGUUUAACACAUCUAGAUGUAAAUAUCAUGAAAGGAAACCUGACAUUCUGAUCUAUCAUUUCACAUUCAUAUUUUGAUCUCAAACUCAAGUGUCAAGAUAUAAAUUAUUUGGCUGUGCCCUUCCAAUACUUUUGGAGGGGGCU